AUAAUUGAAAUACACGGAACCCUAGCAAUACACAGAGCAGUCGCCUAUUCUCUCUCUCUCUCUCUCUCUCUCUCUCUACCAUGGCGUUAUCAACUGGUAGAGCUCUUCGUCAUCCUCAGUCAUCGGCUAGCUCUAGGGUUACUCCAGCAACAGUUGAAAGAGCAGUGAAUGCUCUUCUCAAAUGGAAAGACUCGAAAUCGAAGACCCAAAAGCCCCAACUCUUAGAACAAGACGAUUUCAUGUACCUUGUCCUAACCCUCAAGAAAAUCCCGCCGAAGUCUCGAACCAACGCCUACAAAAUCCCCCUCCCACACCCUCUCCACGAGUCGUCCACCUCCGAGCUCUGUCUCAUCAUCGACGACCGACCACACAACCCCAAAAAGCUCACCUCCGACGACGCCAAGAAGAAGAUCAAAUCCGAGGACAUUCCGAUCAGCAAAGUCGUCAAGCUCUCCAAGCUCAAGUCCGACUACAAACCCUUUGAGGCCAAGCGCAAGCUCUGCGACUCCUACGACAUGUUCUUCGCCGACAAGCGGGUGGUUCCGCUGCUUCCCAAGCUGCUGGGGAAGCAAUUCUUCAAGAAAAAGAAGAUUCCGGUGCCGGUGGACUUGACGCACAACAACUGGAAGGAGCAAAUUGAGAAGGGGUGUUCGUCAGCGUUGCUGUACUUGAGGACGGGGACUUGUAGUGUUGUGAGGGUCGGGAAGGUUUCGAUGGAGAGAGGAGAGAUUGUUGAGAAUGUAAUUGCAGCCAUUGAUGGGGCUGUUGAGGAGGUUGUUCCCAAGAAAUUGGCGGGUUUGAGGUCGCUUCACUUGAAGUUUUCGGAGUCGUUGGCAUUGCCGAUAUACCAAGCAUUGCCUGAUAUGAAGUUGAAAAUAGAGGGUUUAUUGCCUGAGAAGGAAGAGAGUGUUGGUGUUGAGUUGGAAGAAAUCAAGGAGGACAGUAGUAAGAAAGAUGAGAAAUUGGGAGGUAAGAAGAAGGGUUCUUCUUCUAAGAAGGGGAGGAUUCAUGAAGUUCGGUAUAUGGAUGCUAUUGACAUUGAUCAAGAACAAGAAUUGGGCGGCGAUGACGAUGAGAAAGAUGACUAUGAGAGUGAGCAGAGUGGGGAUGAUGAAUUGGGUAGUGCUGAUUCUGAAGGUAAGAAGAGAAAGAAGAGAGAUUAUAAAACAAAGGGUCAGGUUCUUAGUGAGUUGAAACCAUCGAAGAAAUUGGCUAAAGUAGAGAAUGGAGAUGGGAAAGAACAUAAGAAAGGUGGUUUGUUGAUUUUGGAAGAUGGAGAAGAGUCUGGUGGAAGGAAAGAGAAGAAGAAGAAGAAGAAGAAGAGUGGACUUGGCAAGUUGAAGGAUGAGACAGUGAAGGCGAAGGUGAAGAAAAGUAGUAAGAAGAAACAGUCAGUUUGAAGGCAGUCUUUCAAUCAGCUGACUUUUGUAAGCUCAAGGCCUCAAAGUGACAUUCCAUAGGGAUUUCACAGCACUUUAAGCUUCAGGUUUCGUAGUUUCUUGGUGUACUUCUGCAAAUUUUAAAUUAAUUAUAUUAAUUUUGGUAUUUAUGUUUGAUUUUCAUGUUAGCUUAUUAACAUUCAAGAGUUUGACGUUCACUAGUCAACUCUUAUUUGGUAUUUUUACUUUCAUGUUUGUUUGUGCUUUAAAA